UUCAGGAAAAAUACAAAUUCCUGUUAAUGAUUUUUUUUUUUUUUUUAAUGAAAACCUGCUUUUUUUUACUAAACGUUUGCUCCAGUGCACAGUUCAGGGCUGUUGUAUUAAAACCUAUCUGAAGUAGCUUUUCUACAGAGGGAUGUGUGUGCUCAUUUACUCCAUGAGAACAUCAGUGAUUGCAGAUCAAAAUGUCAAAAUCAGACCUGGAGGUAUGUAACUCAAGAAAGGUCAGGUAGCAUACCUCUGGAAAGAGCAGAUAUUUGCACAAUAGUUUGACAGAUAGCCUGGCAGAAAAAAAAAGAACUUUGUUAAAAGGUCUGGAAGGUAACCCAGUACUACAGUAACAUUAAAUGCCAACUUUGUUUUUAGGGUUCGACAAAGUUAUCAGCAUUUUUUCAAAGCUUACAAAGCAUAUGCCAGUAGGCGGGACAGUGUAUGCUUUUCAUGAUAUUUUACUUUUGGUUGAGAAAAAGGAUCCUCUAUGUUACGCUUCCUUUCUGGCGCACGAGAGAGUAUUGAAGACAACGGUCAAAAAGCACUGGUUAUUUUUGUGUUUGUGUACAAUGUAGGAUACAGUAAACCAGUCAAAAGUGCCUAAUUUUACUUUCACUAUGGCCACGUCAUCAGAGGCCCUGUGGAAGAUACAGAUCCUAGCAGUAUUUCCUCAGAAAUGUCCAAAUAUCCAGUUCAAGAUACAGGCACACCAAAAACCUGAAGACAAUGAGAGCCAGUACAUUUACACUGGACAGAUAUCAACAGAAGACAGCCCUUGCAAGAAGUGCUGCUGCUCGUCUCUGCCCUCCACCCCACCUCCUCUGAUCAGCGACUUAAUGAACGAUGAAGACUUGCUUUACAAGCUGCAGCUAAAGCUGGACACCCACCACCCCACCGUCAAAAACUGGAGGAACUUUGCCAGCAAGUGGGGCAUGAGCUACGACGAGCUGUGCUUCCUUGAACACCGGCCGCAGCAGAGCCCCACUCUGGAGUUCUUGUUGCGAAACAGCGAGAAGACAGUGGAGCAGCUGAUAGACCUCUGCAAGCUCUACAGGAGGAUUGACGUCCUGAAGGUGCUGCAGUUUUGGGUGGAAAACGACUGGCCAAAGAGAUGGCACUAAACCCAGUAGGAACUCAUCUGUUUAACCUUGUUUGGGAUCUAUACACUGCUCCAGUACAAUUGCUGGGGUCUUGCUUGUUGUAUUUUUUUUUAUGUUUUAGUCCCAACCUUUAAAAAAAAAAUUCCAGUUUUUAAUAUAAGGGGAAGGGUUCUGAACAGAUCUUUCCAAUCUGCACUUAUUAGUGUAUGCAACCAUUGAAAACCUUCAUCUGACUAAGGUUACCAUUGGUCUUGCUGCUCAAUACCUAUGCACAAUUUAACAGGAUAUAAGUUAUUUUUUAUUUUUCUCAUGUUCGGCCCUGUACAAUAAGGUCCAUUGAAUAAAACUGUACAGUUACUAAGCUCUGCUCCCUGUGGGGGAUAAAAUGAAGCCAAGGACCAAGCGCACUCUGAAUCUGGUUGUUUGUAUGAUACAGGGAGGCAGGCUAAUGUGCUACGGUAGUAAUUGAACCGGCUAGUAUUUUAACAACACCUUUAGUACUUUAGCAAUACCUUUGCUGAUUUGGGCGAGGCAUAUGUCUUUUCUGCCGUAAGACACCGUGAGGAACUCUUAAAUCUGAAAUCAGUACAAGAGACUGGUAUUGAAUUGCUUUUCUACAUAUACUCUAAUGUGUGGUAUGUGGUUUUACAAGCUUGAAAAGACAGGAAGUCAGUGACCAGACUACACUGCGUCUUGUCUUUUUGUCUGAUGUGCCUUACCUGUAUAAGAUUCAGAUGUUUAUACUUGCAGUACACAGAUCGACACCUGCAUCGAACUGCCUGACACACACGCACGCACUCACACACACACACACCACAUCUUCCAAGUAAACAGCAUCAACAUCUGAAGAAUGCAUUAGUGGAAACCAUAGUCAACUUUUUAUUUAGUUUUAUAUCCAUAACUCAUGGUACCCGGGCCAGGCUGAUCUUGUCUGAUGUGUUGACAAGGACACAUUUCUGCUAUUGCCUUCAUCCAUGUACAGUAUAUACCUCAUUUUCUGUUCCGUAAGUAAGAUGCAAAAUCACUUUAUUUUUUUAUCUCUGCUGUGUAUAAUUAUUGUGAUGGCUUAAGACCACCUCAAACAGAGCAAACAUGGUUCCCAAGACUCGUCUUAAGAAUGGUGCUGUAGGAUUAAGACAGAGGGAAGGAGACUCUUCUCACACAGAGUGGUGAGGAUGAGGGUGGAAUGGGCACCUAGUCAUGUUGUUGAGGCAGAAUCACUUGGGUCCUUUAAGACCCGACUUCACAAAUCAGCUACUAGGAACCAGGCGAGCUUAGAUGGGUCACGUUCUUUAUUGAGCCCCCCCCCCACCCCACAGCCCCUUGCUUACAUUUCAUAACAAAAGGUGCUUAUUUAAAUUAGCGAUGCAUAUGUGAUGCUUUAGAAGAAACUGACGAUAACUUUAACAGCACUACCUUUUUAUUUUUCCAAGUCUUGACUCUUUAAGAGUCUCCAGGGUUCACAGUCCAGGCAGAGGAUCAUUGGGUUUGUGCAGCCAUACUACAGAACUGGCAGAACAUCACUUAAGGGUUAUCCACAUGUGCUGUGGCUUGUUGAGAUGAAGCAGAAUGCUGAAUUUUCUGCUGGCACAGAACAAGCCGUGGGGAACACAAAUGAGUGUUAACGUCACCUACUGAUACCACUCUGUGUGAGUAAGCUGAGGCCUCAAACACACAUCUUUUAUACUAGCCCUUAGUUAAUUAAUCAUGUGACAUUCACAUAUAGGCAUCAACAGCACCCCCAAUGGCAACUGUAUUGUUUGUUCUUUUUAUAUUAUUUUUGUGCCUGCACCAACAAGUAGAGUUCUGCAUCUUCCAGAUGUGCCACAGCAGGUGUGGAUAUACGCAAUAUACCCAAGCGACUUUAUGCCACUGCAAACAAUGUUGUUAACCUAGUGUCUAGGCUUGACCAAUGUAAGUAAAAAUAAAUACAGGCCUGGCAAAUCCUUUUCCCUCAACCCCCAUAAAUAAGAGAAAGAUAUUAUUGUAAACUCAUUAUUGUAUCUUGGCAAAUCAAACCUGCAUCAGUUUUCCUAAAUGUGAGUGAAUGUAUUUGUUAAGAAACCAGGAAUUGUUCAUGAGCAUGACUUUCAUUAAAAAAUGUAGUCAUUUUGGGAAAUACUUUCAUUUGUAUUUUUCUUAUCCUGAUACUUUUUCUUUACACAUUGUGGAGGCUGUGUGGUCCAGUGGUUAAAGAAAUGGGCUUAUAACUAGGAGGUCCUGGGUUCAAAUCCCAGCUC